AGAGGCCGUAAAUGUAGAUCAGUAUCACACGACACCAGUUUCACAUCAACAGGUAAGGAGAUCCUAGAAGGUAGUUUUGUUUUGGUUAUUUUCAUGGCUUCUCCUCCCACUUGGACCUAUUCGUUCUUCUGUCUCUUACAACCAACUCUCGUUAUCUUUAAUAAUCACUCUUUUAAAAUAUGUGUUAUAAUAUUUGCACCUCUCUAUAUCGCCAUUUUAUUUAUCUCUACAUAUUUAAAUGUUACAUGCAUAAUUUAAACAUAGAGAUGUCGUCCAGGUAGUAGGUGAGCUGAUUCUGGACGUUGAUGCAGACAGUAGUUUUCGGUUGCAAACAUGAAAAUAUGGUCAUUCGAAGAAGAACGAAGAAGUGACAAUUAUAAUGAAUUGGGCCCUGGUUCUUGUUUGAACUUUGUAAAAGGAAUGGCUGACGGUUACAUUGCACUCAAUAUGAGAUGCACUGAUAUGACCACUCAAUAAUGUACACACAUUUCAUACUAACUCCCAAUUACGGAUCAAUUAUCACUGUUGUAUGUUAAUAUUUGAUAAUCAUAGCUGAAUACUUUUAUUAACAACAUUUUGAAAAUAUUAACAUCUAGAAUUAAUAGGCUAUGCCAAAGAUGCAAGUUGAAUGAUUCCUAAUUAGGUGUCGGUUAUGGUAUAAAGAAAGGCCGUGGUCGCAUACGGAAGUACAUAUAUAAAUAUGGAUGUUAAAUAUUGUCCUCAAUAAUCUAUGUAUACAUAAGCCAAAUACUCAUUUUUUUUAUUACGAGAUCUUAAAAGCAACAAGAAUAACUCUUCUUAAUAUAUAAAAGCAAAUGACUCUUGAAAAGUAGAAAAUUUUAUUAUGAUUUUGAUUUUAAUGUUACUCAAAAAUUACAUUUUGAAGGGUGUUUUUAAAAUGGAGCUCAUUGCAGUUGACAUUAUCAUGGUGCAUAAACUAGGAGUGCCUUUGGGUAGACAGAGUCAUGGUGCAGACACUUGUGCCUGUGGGUUGACAGAAUCAUGGUGCAGACACUUGUGCCUGUGGGUUGACAGAAUCAUGGUGCAGACACUUGUGCUUGUGGGUUGACAGAAUCAAGGUGCAGACACUUGUGCCUGUGGGUUGACAGAAUCAUGAUGCAGACACUUGUGCCUGUGGGUUGACAGAGUCAAGGUGCAGACACUUGUGCCUGUGGGUUGACAGAAUCAAUGUGCAGACACUUGUGCCUGUGGGUUGACAGAAUCAAGGUGAAGAAACUUGUGCCUGUGGGUUGACAGAAUCAUCAUGCAGACACUUGUGCCUGUGGUUUGACAGAAUCAUGAUGCAGACACUUGUGUCUGUGGGUUGACAGAAUCAUGAUGCAGACACUUGUGCCUGUGGGUUGACAGAAUCAUGAUGUAGACACUUGUGCCUGUGGGUUGACAAAAUCAUGAUGCAGACACUUGUGCCUGUGGGUUGACAGAAUCAUGAUGCAGACACUUGUGCCUGUGGGUUGACAGAAUCAUGAUGCAGACACUUGUGCCUGUGGGUUGACAGAAUCAUGAUGUAGACACUUGUGCCUGUGAAGGGAGACGAAUCGUGUUUUACGGCACGUACGGCACUGACUCAUUUUGAUUCUCGUGUACAUCACUGACUCAUGUGCUUCUCAUGUACGCACUUACUCGUGCGUUUCUCGUGUACAGUACUGACUAGUAUUCAGGGUAGGAGAACUAUCUCCAGAUAAGCAUUUAGGUGGUUCAGAAGGACUCGGGCCAAGAUCUUGCAAGAGAUGGACAACAGUGAAAUUUCGCGGUGAUUGUCGCAGGCCUGGCGGUUUCCUUUGUAUUUGUACAGGUGAAUAAUUGAGGCAUCUUUGAGGUCUUGUGGUACAGUUGCCGUCUGCCAUAUUAUCUGAUUGAAGUUCGCACUAGUUGCCACCAUUUUAUUCAAUUUUGAAUUAGCCGACAAUGUGAAGCCGUGCUUGAAAUGUCACACUUAUUGUCGCUGUUGCGAACUUUCUUAUUCAAGGUCGAGUUCACCAAGUCGCAAACUGCCCAGUAUUGAACAGGUAGUUUGAUAUGAUCCAGUUGUUGUCCACGGAACAACUCUGUACAACGAAUCCUUUCAUACACAAUGCAAGACGAUAAGAAGUAAAAACGCCAUGUGAAAAUAACAACGUUAAAUACACAAUGAAAGAACAAUGGAUACAUAAGUUGCUGUACGGAAGCAUAGUGCAAAUAAUAGCUUUUACUUGAAGAUAAGCAAGGUUUGUAGUUUGUGGAAAUUUGAAUCAAGUACUCACUACAAUCACAUAAAGAUAGUUUCUCUUAUUUCAGUGUGACUAUUCAAUUAUACCUAAAGGUCUUCAAUUGGUAGUUAUCUUCCAAUUGUCAUUCAAUUGGUUAAUUCUUUUAAAGGAUCAAAUCAGUUCAAUAAUUAUUAAUAUAGUUUAAUUGAAACAGUUAAAGAUAGAUCUACGGUUUAUUUUCUGUAUGUCAGGUAUUUCUGUAUGUCAGGUAUUUCUGUAUGUCAGGUAUUUCUGUAUGUCAGGUAUUUCUGUAUGUCAGAUAUUUCUGUAUGUCAGGUAUUUCUGUAUGUCAUAUAUUUCUGUAUGUCAGGUAUUUCUGUAUGUCAGGUAUUUCUGUAUGUCAGGUAUUUCUGUAUGUCAGGUAUUUCUGUAUGUCAGAUAUUUCUGUAUGUCAGGUAUUUCUGUAUGUCAGGUAUUUCUCUGUUUCAGAUAUUUCUGUAUGUCAGGUAUUUCUGUAUGUCAGGUAUUUUUGUAUGUCAGGUAUUUCUGAAUGUCAGAUAUUUCUGUAUGUCAGGUAUUUCUGUAUGUCAGGUAUUUCUGUAUGUCAGGUAUUUCUGUAUGUCAGAUAUUUCUAUAUGUCAGGUAUUUCUGUAUGUCAUUUAUUUCUGUAUGUCAGAUAUUUCUGUAUGUCAGGUAUUUCUGUAUGUCAGAUAUUUCUUUAUGUCAGGUAUUUCUGUAUGUCAGAUAUUUCUGUAUGUCAGGUAUUUCUGUAUUUCAGGUAUUUCUGUAUGUCAUAUAUUUCUGUAUGUCAGGUAUUUCUGUAUGUCAGAUAUUUCUGUAUGUCAGGUAUUUCUGUAUGUCAGAUAUUUCUGUAUGUCAGGUAUUUCUGUAUGUCAGAUAUUUCUGUAUGUCCCGUAUUUCUGUAUGUCAGGUAUUUCUGUAUGUCAGAUAUUUCUGUAUGUCAGGUAUUUCUGUAUGUCAGAUAUUUCUGUAUGUCAGGUAUUUCUGUGUGUCAGGUAUAUUAUAAAAAGAACAGUUUUUGUCUAAGAGAAUAAAUCGUUAAUUGUGCGUUUCAAUAUAAUUGUUAACAUUUGUAAAUUUAAAAAAAUAUCCAAUUUGUGAUUUUAUUGAAAAAUGGAAUAAAACAUAAGUAACAUUUUUUUUUUUUCGUUUUAACCUCUAAUUUUUGAGUUGUAAUAAAAACUUCAAGCCAUUAAAAAAAUCCUUUAAUGUAGUUUCCAUUCUCAUAAUUGAAAACUUAAUGGUCAUUAAGUUUAUAUAAUAAAAAAAUGUAAAUCUUAAAUUCAUUUUUCAAUAUCAUACAGGAAAAAUAGUGAAUAGCUAAGCUCCACUUCGCUAAUAUUGAUGUUGUAUUUGCUUAGCUUUUCAGUAUGUGAAUAAGAUUAAUCGUGCGUAGCUGGAAUAGCCAAGGAUCUCUCGUACAAUGCAAAUGUAUAUCACGUCAGCGACACACCUCUGUCGCUGCAAACUGUCAUAUCACCUUUAUGGACCAAAGGCCAUUUUUAUAACUUCUUUAUAAAUUCGACAAAAUAAAUUCUUGAUACCAUUAAUAAUGUAGCGUCACCUUUGAUAGGGGGAAAUCCAUAUAUUACACAAACCUAGGGGGGGGGGAAGAAAGGGGGAUAAAGGUAAGGGGACAUGGAUUGUGUGCAUAUUGGCAUAAGGGAUGGUUUGGGGCGGGCGAAAAAAGGGGGGAGGGUAUUUCUACGAAGUGUAAGUAAGUUUAAGCACACAUCCUACAAUAAUGAUCAUGCAACUGUAAAAGUCAAUAGUUAGCAUGUUUAUAACCCUACAUUUAUAACUAGUCGGUGCUCGCCGUAGCUUACGACAGUGUAAAAAUAUAGCUUAACCGAAUGCAGUUUUCUUUAUUACACCGGCCCGGGUAUUUAGAGAAAUACCCGGUGUGCUCAAGUGUUACAUAUAUAUGCCGGCCUCUACGAUAUAGGCAUAAGGACAGUCUUACACCCUUCCUGCUGACCUUUAAACAACACUCAUACAGUCAGAUCUACAUACAUGUCUUCAGAUAGUCCUACAAAAUUCCUACAAACAUUCCUACAUACAGUCCUACAGACAGCCCUAAAGAUAGUCCUAAAGACAGUCCAACACAAUACCCGUGGCUCUUAAUUGAUUAAUAUAAUAGUCACCUGAUUAUAAAACCUUCUUAACCUUGGUUCAACCGUCACGCAUGACGCUCACUGCGUGACAGCUUGGUUUUUGUUUACUUAGUACUAUUACUAUAAAACAAUGUGUGGGACUAUAGGACUGCACUGGACACUGACUGGACACUGACUUGAUACUGACACGACACUGACAAAACACUGACACAACACUGACACAACACUGACACAACACUGACACAACACUGACACAACACUGACACAACACUGACUCGACACUGACAAGAAAUUUACACAAAACUGACACGUCACUUACACGAUACUGAAACGACACUAACUCAACACUGACACAACGAUGACUCGACACUGCCACUACACUUACUCGAAACUAACACGACACGUACACGACAUUGGCACGACACUUACGCGAGACUGAGAAGACUCCAACUCGACACUGACUCGACCCUUAAAUGACACUUACACGACACUGACACGAUCCUGAAACGACCUGCAUAACACUGACCCGACACUAGCAGGACACUGUACGACACUGACACGACACCUACACGAAACUGACACGACACUUACACGACAAUGACUCGACACUGACACAACACUUACGCAAUACUGACACGACACCGACUCGCCACUGACUAGAUAUUGACACGACAUUGACACGACACUGACUCGACAUUUACAUGACACUCACACGACACUGAUACCACACUGAUACGACACUGACACGACACCGACUCGACACUGACUCGACAUUUACAUUUCACACGACACUGAAAUGAUAAUGACAUGACACUAACAUGACACUGACACGAUACUGACACGACGCCCACGACACUAACAUGACCCUGAAUUGACAUUGACAGUUGUUAUAAAUGAACAAGACGCCAAGUGUGGUAAGAAGUAAUCUUGUGGGAAUUUUACUAGAGUUACGACACAUAAAAAUAGGGCUUUGCUGGAGCAGAGGAGAACUCAGAGAGCAGAGAGAGAAAGAGAGAGAGAGAGAAGGGGGUACAGACAGAGAGGGACAGACAGAGAUCGGGAAGACAGAGAGAGCUCACUGGGAGAGAAGUAGAGGACUGUCAGGGUAGAGAACUAAGUCAUACGUCGUAGAGCUCAGUCGGACAAUGGAUACGGUAUAUUAGAGACCCAACAAUGAAGUUGACGGAUCGAACAAAUUAUAGGAGUAGAGAAGAGCCAUUACAGUCAGAGCUGAGUUUUGAAGUAUUGAGUGAUAUUGAAAGCACUUGUAGAAGAACGAUCAACAGAAAGACCAUAACCAUCGACGUUUCGUCUGUUGCCUGAAUUUUGCAGUGACAUUGACAAAUAAAGCAACUGAAGUAUUAUAGACAUGAAAAGGGGGAAGGUCCUCCAGAACAGCGCCUCCAGAACCGUAAAGUUUGGCGGACCCGUAGACAAGUUUGCUGGACCCAUGGACAAGUUUGAUGGACCGGUGGACAAGUUUACACCAGUGACCGGUGCCAGAUUCAUUCAUUCUUCUUCUUUUUAUUUGACCUUAGAAAUGAUAUAAGAUAUAUGUUUUUUUUUAAAAUCUGUAAGCUGUCAAUUCUAUUGGGCUCAUUAACUAUUACCAUCUAUUGUCAUUUAUGGCAAGCCCGCACCCACUUUGCGGCCCGCCAAAAUAACGAAAUAUUCUUUUUUUUUAAUCAUUUCCUGAAUAGCUUUAUCCCCCGUUCUACUUUCGUUCGACCCGCACAAGUUGAUCAUAAAGUUUUACGGCCCGAUAUACAUGUUGAGUUGUGCAGGUCUGAUUUUUGGGAUUAUAGCAACUGAGUUUUGUCAUUGGAAUGUUUUUUUUUUUAAUCAACCUAGGGCAUAUAGGACCUAAUAGACUAAAUAUUUAGACAAAAGUACGUCACCAAUACAAAGCACAUAGCAACAGCCACAUAAUUAUACUUCACGCUAAAACAUCCAUCAUUUGAACAAAUCUAGUGACACCCUUCUGCUUUCCUCUUGGGUUACGUGGAUUAAUUUGCCAUGGGCAACUAUUAUGUGUUAUCUGGCAUCCCAACCCCCCCCCCCACCACACACACAAGCUUACACACACGAACGCGCAAACACACACACACACUUUUUACGUAGAAUCAUUGGCUAGGGUGGCCAGUUUAGGCAUGACCUUGAAACGGAAAAAAAACAACAACAUUUAUUUAAUUGGUUUGGCCUUGUUUGUGAUUUUGAAUACUUGAAAUUGUUUUUCGGCUAAAAUUUGUUGUUAAAAAAAAAAAAGGCAGGCGUUUAGUAUAACAUUUGGGGCCACUACUUAUCUUUACAGGCGUGCAUUCUGUGACAUACAUUAAUAAUAAUAAUAAUAAAGAUAAUUUGAAAAUCACGCUUCAUCCCCAAAGGCUCGAAGCGCGGUACAUACCAAAUUGAAGUACAAAAUGCAACAUUACAAAAACUACAUACGAGAAUACCCAAUCUAUGUCUUUCAUACCUUUUAACCAUAAACAACACAGGUCAAUAUACAUCUACAAGAUAAUAGCUUGAUAGACAACAUCACCCCAGCAGGUGUUUGCGAAAUAGAUAAGUCUUAAAAUCAGUAUUGAAAGACUCGAGUGUCUGGCUCUUUCUGAGAGCGACAGGAAGGGUGUUCCAAAUUGUUGGGCCCACAAACGCAAAAGUGCACCCCUCGUAAGUCUCAAGGCGAACACGUGGUAUCGAGAGUUUGCCCCUAUUAAAUGAGCGGCGUUGUCUAGUGGGUACAUAAGGUACAAUAUAAAGAAUUUUUGCAGAACUUAUUAUCCUAGUCUUGUCACUUCGCGUAGCCUAGGCACUUACAGUAAUUAUCAAUAUAUCGCCUGCAUUGUGCGACAGGGAUUGGAAUAGUUUUCAGGAGUUUGUUAACAUUUGCUCCAAGUCAUCCACAUUGCGGACAAUAAAUAUAAUAAUAUAGCAGGGAACAUUCGGAUAACCAAAGUUUCGGAUAACAGGAAUUCGGAAAAAAAAAAAAAAGAUCUCUACUGUAUUUUUUAAAAACAAAAUUAAACUGAGUAAUGUGCAGAUCUGAAUGACGUACAGAAAGUUGAACUACAUUGAAAUUGUUCAUACAAAAUACAUGAGAGUACAAUUAUACCACUGCCAACAGUUAUAAGUUAUAUUAUCAAAUUAGUAUGCAUUAGGGUUUAAUGCUAUGAAUUUCCUUAGUACUUUAUAGAUACCGUCUAGCAGGAGGCUUAUAGUCCUAUAUUCUUCAAAAAUAUAAUAUGGAAGCCGAAAUCAAAAGCUUAACAAGACUUUCGGCCGAAAACUGAAGCCGAAACCGAAAUAUUUAGAUAUUUUGAAAUUCGUUCACGCAUUCAUUCUGCAUACAUCAAAAAAUGAUGGGGGAAAGUAUCACUAUUUACAUUCGUUCCAUAACAAAUGAGAUCUUUGUGAAUAUUAAUAAAUAAACAUCUAAUAAAUACUUUAGCUUUUACCAUUUUAAUUAAAAAGUAAUUUUAAUUUCUUAGAAAUGUAUUUUAAUGUAGUAUGGUAAGAGAACACUUGGAUCUGGGGAGGGAGAGCAAAAUUCAUGCAAAAAAAAAAAAGACCCUUGAGUGCCCUUUGCUUUUAUAAUAUAAUGACAACGCUACAUAGACAUAUAUCUACUAUAAUUAUUAUUUAUCACCUAGAUAUUAGUUUUUAAGGCUUUAAAAAUAUCACCAAAAUAUUUCGGGGUUAUCGUCAUACGAAUGCUAAGUGUUUUCAUAAAUAGCUGGCAAGAUAUCGCUCUAUUAAUAUUUAGCCUUAUACCAACACAUACGCUUUUCCGUGCUGGUGACGUAAUUAUUUCGUUCGAUGACCAACCUGCCUCCACUCCUUUGGUGGGAGGACAAUUUUUUUUUUACCGUAUCUCAGAAAAUUGUUGUUCUGAUGGGUCUCGACACCCAAAAAAAAAUCGUAAAUUUCUCUCAAAAAGUAAACUGUUCUGCAGUAUGCCUACUACAUAAUUUGUGUACGAACCCGUGAUACAUGAACACGCGUGUUAUUUUGGCAAUAACAAUGUUUUUGAGCAUUUUAAUGAUACAUUUCAAGAAAUGAAUGCAUUGAAAAAUACUAAAUUUUCCACAUUUUUACUUUUUAAAAAAAAAAAAAAAAUUAUUAUGAAAACAUUACUAUUCCCUAAGAUUAUUCAACACUAUUCGCAUUUGUCUAUGACAACUUUGGUGGGUAUGAUAAUAAUAAAUCAAAAUGAAUAUCACAAAUGAAUGAAUUUAAUAAACCAAGCGUUCCCAAUUUUUAUUUUAAAAAAUUUAAAUAAAAAAUAAUAUAAAUAUUAUCAUUUCCCGUAGAUUUUCUACCACAAAACUUUUUACAUUCUUCUAGGCUUAAUUGAAAUUUAAUUUAUUGAAAAUAAAUGACAACUAGGUCAUCAAUCAGUUGUGAGCAGUUUUCGCACAGUAUUAGUCAUAUAACAUAUGAUGACAGCAAGAAGUCUAGCAAUAAUGAUUAUCGGAUUGCGGGCCUAGAGACAAACAGUGUUUCUUUCAGAGAAAUUUUCCGGGGGGGGGGGUGCAUUUUAGAUUUUCGGGGGAGGGGACAUUUAUAAUGGAAAUAAGGGUAGCUAAGGUGGACAUAGGGGGCAUAUGUACCCCGGCGCCAGCUAACGGGCUAAACGGCUAUAGUGUUAAUGAAUGAAAAUAAUUGGUUUCAGAGUUUAGCGGGGGUUGGGGGGGGGGAAUAAAUCUUGUCCCCUGGCACCAAAGACUUACGCUGGUGACGUAGAAAGGAGGCUAGAAAAUAUUUAAAUAUUUCGUCUUCCCGUGUUUCAUUUUUUCUUUUGAUUUAGCGGCAGGGUUUUUGGACAACUGCGGAGUUUCUAUCGAGAAAGGUAGCGCGGAAAAAAAAGUUAACCUACCUAGAGUGGCGCUUAAAACUAGGCACGCCGCUGGGCAGUGUACAUAUCAGCACCAAAAUUGGUUGUCCGGGCAAGCAAUAGUUCCAUUUUUAACGGGAAGUACUGCGGAACUCGAGCACCCGAUGGCUUUACCUAACAAGAAAAUUUGUGAUUGUUUAACAAUCAAUGGGUUAAUUUUGAAGUAUACAUGAUAUACUCCAGAAGACUAUUAUUGAACAGGAAAAAUAAUUUUUCAAGCGUCAGUGGAGGCAUUAUGGCACCCAGUGCCAUACGUAAACUAAAUUCAUUCUGGUUGUGGUGCGCCCAAAAUAAUAAUUGGACACAGAAUUAGAUUCAACCCCUUAAAGUCACAUUGAUCGACAUUAAGGAAGGGAGUAGCACAAAUUGAGGAAUGAGAAGAGUCUUGAGCAAAAACGAAGGCAGGGGUCCCCUUAAUUUAAAAAUAAUAAAUUGAAAAUGCAUUGUGGUGCAAAUUCAAUGUAUCUUUCAGACAAUGUGUGAAGGGGAAUUUCAGACUUUCAUUUAUUUACUUUUAGAUGACUCGUUGAGAAAUGCUAAGAAUACAACAUCAACAUACACCAAAUAUAUGUGGACUGCAAAUCAAUUUAUGACAGUAUAUAUAGGAAAUACCUGUAGGAUGCUCUCCUGGAACGUGGAGUCCCUAACAAACUUACCUGACUCAUGCGUAUGACGUUGGAUAACUUUAAAAGUAGAAUCAAAGUACAAAGAGAGUACUCGAGGGAAUAAACAAUUAAUUAGGGCCUCAGACAAAGACAUCCAUGUAUCCUUUUCAAUAUCACGUUAUGAAAAGUCAUUACGUGGAGUACCAGUGCACAACAACCAUAAGGAAUGUUAUAAAACCAGCCACUGCAGUACCUGGUAUACACAGAUAUAGCGCUACUUGGUACAAACAGCAAUGAUAUAAUUAAAGCUUUCAGGGAACUUGAAGAUGUCACGGUCAAAGCUGGUCUCGAUUUUCUAUAAUUUGCUUCAGAUCAAUUAAACUUGCCUCUUCGAUAUUAUAAUUUUUUUUACCUAUUCCAUAGAAUUUAUUUUUAACUAAUACCAAAAAGGGCAUUUGCAAGAUAAUCGAAAAACUAGAUUUUAGAAAAAAUACGUUGUUUAAAUAUAUAUAUAUAUAUAUAUAUAUAUAUAUAUAUUUUUUCUAUUUUAUUAUCAUAUAAAAUUGAAUUUAAAAAAAAAAAAAAUUCAAAAAUCUGGGGAAGAUUGUUUCUUAUUCUCAAAUAGAACAGAGAAAAGUUAUUUGGGAAUUAAUAAAUAAAGGGUAAGUAAUUUUUAAAAAUAAACCAUUUUACUCUGUUGUUCCCGAAACUGUGUUUAAAAAUUAGAAGCACACUCGAUUUAAUAAUAAUUGAUGAAAUGUCCACUAUUUGUAUGCAACCGGUAAAUGCCUAAUGUUUUGUUUUAAAGUAUCGUUUUUUGUGAGUGUUUUUUAAUAGUUUUAAUUUUAUCUAACUCAAUAUACAUGUAUGGAAUCUACUUCAUUAAAAUGUAAGCUGAAAACUAGUUUUUUAAAAAGCAUGAGGCUAAUUAUAUAUUGUAUAAUUAACAGUCAUCUCUACUUUAACUGUCAUGUUUUUUUAUGAAAAAUUAAUUGAAAACACAUGGUAAUUACUUAGCAAUAACAAUAUUCAAUUUAUAUACAUUUAAAGCGAUGUAAAGGUAAUUUAAUACAGUGCUAUUAAAGUCUUUCAACUUGUGCAGCCGCAAAAUAUAAAUACAGACAAAUACCGAGAAAUGCGAAUAAGAAAAAGUAUUAUUUUGGCUUAUUAUCAGGACUGGCAAAGGUUGAAAACCAUACGCUAUUUAUAAUCGAAUUCUGUGAGCCUGUAAGAAGAUAAAAACGAGAACCAGGCCUACACAAAUUAUGGCCCGACCCGCCAGCAGCCGCUUUAUUGCCCACGAGGUAACGAAAUAAUCUUUAGUCUUAUUUUCUUAAUAUCUUUUUCCUUGUCCCAUUUUCUUUGGGCCCUCACAAGUCCAUUCCCAUUUUCUUUUGGCCCACACAAGUCCAUUCCCAUUUUCUUUUGGUCCGCACAAGUCCAUUCCCAUUUUCUUUUGGUCCACACAAGUCCAUUCCCAUUUUCUUUUGGUCCACACAAGUCCAUUCCCAUUUUCUUUUGGUCCGCACAAGUCCAUUCCCAUUUUCUUUUGGUCCGCACAAGUCCAUUCCCAUUUUCUUUUGGCCCGCACAAGUCCAUUCCCAUUUUCUUUUGGUCCGCACAAGUCCAUUCCCAUUUUCUUUUGGUCCGCACAAGUCCAUUCCCAUUUUCUUUUGGUCCGCACAAGUCCAUUCCCAUUUUCUUUUGGUCCGCACAAGUCCAUUCCCAUUUUCUUUUGGUCCGCACAAGUCCAUUCCCAUUUUCUUUUGGUCCGCACAAGUCCAUUCCCAUUUACUUUUGGUCCGCACAAGUUUUUCAUAAGGUAUUACGGCCCGCCUUUCUUUUUGAGUUAUGCAGGGCUGACAAUAUGGAUCAUCAAUAUAUAUCGAUCAAAGCGAUAUUUUAUUGAUUCAAUAAAUUGUAAUCGACAAAAAGAACACAUUUAUAUUACUUUUGAACAUGUAAAAAAUAUUUAUUUUUUUUUAUUAAAAAUUAUCAAUUUUUAUUAAUAUACCCGGACAGCCUUGCCGAGAUGACCAUAGCUUCUUGGCCACUUUGGCCAUCAUACACCGGGCCAGCUUUGCCGCGAUGACCAUAGCUUCUUGGCCACUUUGGCCAUCAUACACCAGGGCAGCUUUGCCGCGAUGAACAUAGCUUCUUGGCCACUUUGGCCAUCAUACACCAGGGCAGCUUUGCCGCGAUGACCAUAGCUUCUUGGUCACUUUGGCCAUCAUACACCAGGGCAGCUUUGCCGCAAUGACCAUAGCUUCUUGGUCACUUUGGCCAUCAUACACCAGGGCAGCUUUGCCGCGAUGACCAUAGCUUCUUGGUCACUUUGGCCAUCAUACACCAGGGCAGCUUUUCCGCGAUGACCAUAGCUUCUUGGCCACUUUGGCCAUCAUACACCAGGGCAGUUUGCCGCGAUGACCAUAUUUUCUUGGUCACUUUGGCCAUCAUACACCAGGGCAGCUUUGCCGCGAAGAUCAUAUCUUCUUGGUCACUUUGGCCAUCAUACACCAGGGCAGCUUUGCCGCGAUGACCAUAUCUUCUUGGCCACUUUGGUCAUCAUACACACAAUGUGACAUUGACAAGGUUUGGUGAUGUAGUGGAUGGAUCUUAAAUAUAUUUUACAUAAAAGGGACAUGGGUAGGAAUCGAUGUUCACACCACAAAUACCAACUAAUACCACCAUAAAUGUUAUUUGCUGUACACUUCGAAUAAUCCCAUCCAGAGUAUUACUAUUCUUAUUUUUGAACAUCUCAUUGUCUAGUUGUCAGAAUAGUCGCCCAUUUUACAGCUCGAUCUAUUUAUAUGUUCUUUAUCUUCAGAAUAUCUUACUUGGAUUCCCAGCCAGCCGACAGAACAUGGCGGCUGUCACAUCGUUACACAUACCAGAGUGUCAAGACUCUGGUUGUAAGCCUCCUCUGCGUCAGCUGAUGGCUGCCCUAGAAGCUAGUGGAUUCAAAAUAGCAAAGUACCCAAUGAGUAGGUUUUAUCCAUUUUCUCAUUACCACUUGUAAAUUCUCAAGUAAUUCUUAAGCCUCAGACUUCUUACACCCGAACAUCUUCUCUUCAAUCUACGAUUUCAUUCGUUCAAACUUCUCAUUCACUUACCAUUCUCCUCUCAUUUUCCUACGAAUCUCCUUUCAUUCUUCUACCUUUCUCCUCUCAUUCCCUUACCAUUCUCCUCUCAUUCCCCUAUCAUUCUCCUCUCAUUCCCCUACCAUUCUCCUCUCAUUCCCCUACCAUUCUCUUCUCAUUAUCCUUACAUUCUCCUCUCAUUCCCCUACCAUUCUCACAUUCUCCUCUCAUUUUCCUUACAUUCUCCUCUCAUUAUCCUUAAAUUCUCCUCUCAUUAUCCUUACAUUCUCCUCUCAUUAUCCUUACAUUCUCCUCUCAUUAUCCUUACAUUCUCCUCUCAUUAUCCUUACAUUCUCCUCUCAUUAUCCUUACAUUCUCCUCUUAUUAUGCUUACAUUCUCCUCUCAUUAUCCUUACAUUCUACUCUCAUUAUCCUUACAUUCUCCUCUCAUUAUCCUUACAUUCUCCUCUCAUUAUCCUUACAUUCUCCUCUCAUUAUCCUUACAUUCUCCUCUCAUUAUCCUUACAUUCUCCUCUCAUUAUCCUUACACUCUCCUCUUAUUCAUCUACCGAUAUCUCCUUGAUGUAAAACGAGCAGAAGAAACGAACCAAACUAAUGAUGCGAUGCACAGAUAUUAAUUGCAGAAAUACCACUGGCGAUGACUAUUUUGUUUACCUCAGGUUGCACCACGGGUUGGGGGUGGGGGGUGGGUGGGACCUCAUUUCUUAUAUGAGGUCUUUUAAAAGGGAACGGGAGAUUCUAAAUUCCAAUGUUAAUUUGAGGAAAUACUUUCGUCAUUACCAUCCAAAUCCAGAAGAUAUUUGGACAUGUGCCCUUUGUCAUUACCAUCCAGAUCCAGUAGACAUUUGGACAUGUGCCCUUUGUCAUUACCAUCGAGAUCCAGUAGACAUUUGGACAUGUGCCCUUUGGCCCAAUUUGAGUAAUUAAAACUAAAUGGAUUGCAAACGAAUUCGGCAUGGCCAUUCCUACUGGUGAAAAAUAUUAUCUUGGAAAGAUUGGUCACAAUCACUUUUCCACAAACAUUUUAAGAGUGCUAUUAUUAUUAUAAUGUUAGAUUUAGGAAAUGGCUUGAAGCGGCAGUUCUAUCAUAGGUGUUCAAUGUAAAUUAUAGUUUGUGCAAAAAUUACCACGCGAAAUAUUCCAGAUGGUAAAACUCAAACGUCUGACGAUAGUUGAGUAGUUCCUUACAAGCCCUUUUUAACCUGGAGCAUCAAACACAGUGUGCAGUGAAAUAUUGACUGAUUACAUUUCCAAAAGGUCCUAAUUUGUCAAAGUAUCAUGCCAAAUUGUGUUACUUGGUCCCGUCUGAGUAUAUAUCUCAUAUCGAAUUUUUAACCAACGUUUAAAAACUCUGUUCCCAGGCUCGACCCUUUAAGUUAGUGGUUCUCAACCUUUGGGGGUCGAACGAGCCUUUCACCGGGGUCACCUACGACCAUCGGAAAACACAUAUACUCAACAGUUAUGAAGUAUCAACGACAUAUAUUUUGUGGUUGGGGUUCAUCACAACAUGAGGAACUGUAACAAAUGGUCUCGGCAUUGGAAGUUGAGAGCCACCGCCUUAAGUAUUAGCAACAAUUAAUGCUAAACUAUGAAUACUUCUUCUUCGUCGCGAGACUCAUUUCCAACCACAGCUGCCCAAUACAGCUUCCUUUUGACUCCUAAUAAUUAAACAUUUCCACCUGUUAUUUAUCUCCUGUCUAUAAAUUAGUUUUGUUGAUAUAGAGAUCCUCAGAAUUCUAUACGUUUUAAGCAGAUUACAAAAUGAAUGAAGAGAAAUGUAGCAUUCGGCUGAUCAAAAUGGUCCAAUAUAUAUAUAUAUAUNAUAUAUAUAUAUAUAUAUAUAUAUAUAUAUACAUUUUAAAGACUGUAAAUACAUGUUUUUGUUUGUCUCUAGACGGCCUCUACAGUAAUGAGUUCAACUCCCGCGUUAAAACAUGUAGCUACACAAUUCUACACAAAUGCUUAAGUCUGUGGAGAAAGGUGAGACAUUAUGUUUGUCAUUUAUGUUUUAGACCAUUUGAAGUGGAGAGUGUCAUUUGUUGAAUACAUUUUUUAAAGGAUGGCUUAACAACUUUGUAUUUAUCAUGUUCAUAACAUCUGAACUAUUUAAUUAGUGAAGGGACAAAGCAUGACUUUAAGUCUUUACCCAAAUUUAACCAUCGGCUAAAGGUUAAGGUACAUUUUUUAUAAGGUAAUUUACAAAUUCAUUGUAUGUAAAGUUAUCAUUAAUCACGAAACUCAAUGUGGAAAUGACGAUUUAUUUUAUCCACAGCUGAUGAUUAAAGGCAAGGGUAUGGAUGCUUCUGUAUUGAAAGACUCAGAUAAGAUCCUUUGUGUUAAUUUUCAUUUCGGGCCUUCUGAAGUAGAAAAAAACCCGGAGAAAUGCCCAGCUUUUGAAGAUUUCUUUGAAGAUUUUAUGAUACAAGACGUAUCGGAUGAUUUAAAGUUAACUGAAUUCGUUGAUAAUCUGAAAGUUAACUUUCAAGAAGAAAUUAAAAAAUGUGAGCCAGUUAGCGAUUCUGAGAUUUACUUUAAACCUGAUAUUCCUCCAAGACCAUCACCUGAGUACCCCGUCUAUCAAUAUCCUGUUUUGAAAAACACAUAUGAGAACAAUCAAUUCACAGAAAGACAGAUCUUCGAGAAGUUGCACACUGUUCAACAGGAAGAGGCCAAACGAAGUAUUGAAGGGAAGGGAAAACUGUUGCCGUAUCCUGACAUGUUUGGCACUGUUAGUAACCAGAGUGUUCAAGCCAGACAUUAUGAUGAAACGUCUUUGUCAGAUACACUUAUUGUUUGUAAGUAAACUAAUAAGGCAAUGGUAUUCAAAGAAAUCUGGAAAGAUUCGAGAAACAUAGAAUAUUUGAAACUUGCGGACAUAUCAACAACUGACUCUAGCUGACAUGUCAAUAUCUGACACUAGAUGACAUGUCAUUAUCUGACUCUAUCUGAAAUUUCAUGAUCUGAUUCAACUAGCAUGUCAAUAUCUGACUCUAUCUGACGUGUCAAUAUCUGGCCCUAGCUGACAUGUCCGCGAACAUACAACAGAAAAAGACCGAAUUAAAUUAAAAAUAGCACUUAGCUGAGAAGUAGUAUACGUGAAGAUCCCUGCCGCCACGUUCGUUGUUUUGUUCCGUUCCUUCUGACAGCUUUGACCUUACUUCUUCUUUGCUAACCCGAUUGCAGUCUCUACACUUAAAAUUACUUUUCAUUUACUAUAUGUUACAAUUAAAUUUUAAAAUACCAAUAUUUAUAUAGCUAGUUAUGAUAUCAUUAAUUUUAUUUAAUUAUAGAGGAUUUAGUUUUUACAAUACAAUAUUGGCUUAAUGGAUGGGUACGUUUGUUCCAGUCAAUCAGCUGUCAACGUUUACAGAGAUGAGAAAUCUGAUCAAUCAAGUGUUGAAAAAUCCCCAAAGUGCUCUGAGUAAUGUCAAGUUUAUUUUGCACAAGGUAUUGCUUCAAAUUACAAAAGAUGCCUCAUAUGUGUAUUGCAUUUUUCACAAACACUAAAAAAGAACAAAGCUUUUAUAGACGUGAAAAAUGGUUUAGAAAUUUUUAAAAAAUGUCUUUUUGACGUGAGAAUUCUAUGCUUUUCCAUUUUACAAUAGUAUAGUACAGAAGUGAGGCGAAAGGCUGGCUAAGUUUUCAAUAAAGAUACCAAUAUAUAAAGAUACUAAUAUAUAAAGAUACCAAUAUAUAAAGAUACCAAUAUAUAAAGAUACCAAUAUAUAAAGAUACCAAUAUAUAAAGAUACCAAUAUAUAAAGAUACCAAUAUAUAAAGAUACCAAUAUAUAAAGAUACCAAUAUAUAAAGAUACCAAUAUAUAAAGAUACCAAUAUAUAAAGAUACCAAUAUAUAAAGAUACCAAUAUAUAAAGAUACCAAUAUAUAAAGAUACCAAUAUAUAAAGAUACCAAUAUAUAAAGAUACCAAUAUAUAAAGAUACCAAUAUAUCAAAAUCAAUAAAUGUUAAAGAUAUAUAAACUAUUAAAGCAUUUUUUUAAAAAAUCUAACUUUGCGUAUUAAAAUGUGUUGAGUAGGCCUAUAAUACAUAAUACAUAAAUAUGUCUUAAAACCAAAUUAUGUUUUAGAAACAUAAACUAAAGCAUAUUGUCCUAAAGAAUCAAAUAGCGUAGCCUCCAAUUCGUGAUUUAUUAGUUAUUUUAGGCAUUAUUAAAUUAAACUCCAUAUGUCGCUUGCACUUUGCUAAAUUAUAGGAAGUUGUUUAAAUCUAUAAAUAUACCUGUAAAACUUUUAUUAGAAUAACGUAGAGUAGGAGAUUGAUUUGACAAAUGUAGAUAAAAGAAUCAUUAAAAUAAUGUAGAGUAGUAGAUUGAUUUGACAAUUAUGGAUAUAAAAAUCCUAAAAAUAAUAUGUAGAGUAGGAGAUUGAUUAGACAGUAGUAGAUAUAAGAAUGAUUAAAAUAAUGCAGAGUAGGAGAUUGAUUUGACAAUUGCAGAUACAAGAAUCAUUAAAAUAAUGCAGAGUAGGAGAUUGAUUUGGCAAUUGUAGAUACAAGAAUGAUUAAAAUAAUGCAGAGUAGGAGAUUGAUUUGGCAAUUGUGGAUAUAAAAAUCCUAAAAAUAAUAUGUAGAGUAGGAGAUUGAUUAGACAGUAGUAGAUAUAAGAAUGAUUAAAAUAAUGCAGAGUAGGAGAUUGAUUUGGCAAUUGUGGAUAUAAAAAUCCUAAAAAUAAUAUGUAGAGUAGGAGAUUGAUUAGACAGUAGUAGAUAUAAGAAUGAUUAAAAUAAUGCAGAGUAGGAGAUUGAUUUGGCAAUUGUGGAUAUAAAAAUCCUAAAAAUAAUAUGUAGAGUAGGAGAUUGAUUAGACAGUAGUAGAUAUAAGAAUGAUUAAAACAAUGCAGAGUAGGAGAUUGAUUUGACAAUUGCAGAUACAAGAAUCAUUAAAAUAAUGCAGAGUAGGAGAUUGAUUUGGCAAUUGUGGAUAUAAAAAUCCUAAAAAUAAUAUGUAGAGUAGGAGAUUGAUUAGACAGUAGUAGAUAUAAGAAUGAUUAAAAUAAUGCAGAGUAGGAGAUUGAUUUGGCAAUUGUAGAUACAAGAAUCAUUAAAAUAAUGUGGAGCAGGAGAGAGAUUUAAUAAUUGAGAAUAUUGAGAUUUUUUAAAACAACUUAAUCCCAAGGUGCUUCCAGAACUAAGUUCUAGCAACUGCCUACAUGGCAUAAUGACCCUUGCUACAUGUGACGAUAUGGAACUCCAGAAACAAGCUAUUACUGUGUUGGAACAACUAGUUCUGAAAGGCAAAUUUUCAACACAGCAAACGGAUUUUGGAAUGAUGGUGAGCAAAUUUAAUUUGAUGAUUUUUAGCACGAAGUAAGAACAUCAUAGCCGUGUGUGAGACCAAUCAGAGAUCAAAAUCACAAAUGGUUUAUAUUCAAAAAAGGUGUGCAUUUUGCCGUGCACUAUCUCUCUGCAACGCACUAACUGCCGUAAACAUAACAGCGAACAAGGUCAACCCUCAUGCUCAAAUACGUCACAAAUACAAAGCAAGAGCUGCACGAUUAAUCACAACAUCAAAGCACGCACUCAUUGAGCAAAUUAUUAACACCUACCCAGUUUAAAGUCAAUUGAUUUCCUUUUUUAUACAUUUACUUGAAAGUAUUUCAAAGAACUUUAUUUCGGAGGUAAUAAUAACUAUAAAAAAUACUGUGGGCUUUUAAAAUACUUCUGUGGCUUAGUGUCUUUUGUUCCCUUCUUUUUAAAAAGAAAUAUCGAGGUGAUAAAAUCUAAAAUACUAAACUUAUUCUUUUUUUUAAUUGUUGAGUCUUAUUUUCCCUCGAUUUUGUCCCCCAUUUCCUGUUAAAGAAACCUGUUUUACUCAAUGUACUUAUUUCAUAGGCGAAGAAAAAUAACAUUUACCUUGGUGUCUUGAGUUUUAUUAUGUGCCUUGUAUUAUUAUGGACGAUGAUUAAAAUUAUACUAAUUUUAAAAAUAAUAAAAACAUGACAAUUCAUCAGAUUUUUUCUAACAGCUCUAAGUUUUAACACAUGGGUUUUAAUCAUGAAGUCAUUACAACCUUUCUUUAAAUGGAAAAUAUAUUAUUAAAAAUCCCCCCUCCCCACAUUGUGUGUUUUUUAAAUUUAAAACGACACUUUUCUUUUAAAAAAAACAACACAAAAAAAAACAACCUUUCUAUAUUAAAAUCUAGCAUUAAAUUGUUGACGUCAAAGAUUAAACUAACUUUUGUCUGUUUAUUAGCUAUUGUUAUGCAAAAUAUUUAGAUGCUAAAUAAUAACUACAUCAAUUUCAUUUUGGCAAGCAUCUUUUCCUAAUAUGUUAAGGACCUAAAGCAGAUAUUUUUAAGAUUUCAGCCUCAUGUGUUUAAGAUCUCAGCCUGAUGUGUUUAAGAUUUGAGCCCAAUGUGUUUAAGAUCUCCGCCUGACGUGUUUAAGAUCUCAGAUUAAAGUGUUAAAGAUCUCAGCCCAAUGUAUUCAAGAUCUCAGCACAUUGUGUUUAAUAUCUUCGCCUGAUGUAUUUAAGAUCUCACCCUGAUGUGUUUAAGAUGUCAGCCAGAAGUUUUUAAGAAGUCAGCCAUAUGUGUUUAAGAUUUGAGCCCAAUGUGUUUAAGAUCUCCUAUUCACAAAUAGGAUCCCGUACCGUGUUAUCGCAUUUCCCACAAAAUAAAAAAAAAGUUCCAAGAAAGAUAGAGAAAUGUAUAGAACUUAAAUGAACAUUUUCAUACGAUUUUAGAUCCCAAUUUAUUUCCCUUGGAACAAAAUAGAAAUUUUAUGAAAAGUUCUAGACUUGAUAUAAUACACCUCAAAAAAAGUAUAGUAAUUAAAAAUAGAAUUUUAAGCAAUGACUCUUUUACGCAUUUAUUUUUCAAUUUCUAACAAAAUCUACAAAAUAAUUUCAAGAACGAAACCAUUUUUUAUUUAAGUUGAAAGGGACGAAUCUAACGGAUGGUAAAACUAUAAAAUCAAACACGAAGAAGGAGUCUCAUAUUGGGCUAUAAGAGAAUUCCAGUAAUUUCUGUGAGGUCAAACGUAUAAAGAUCACAGUCAAAUACGUCAACAAACCACGGCUGGUCAUUCGCAGCAGCCUGGUCGAUGUCCAGUCGUCUUGAGUAAGUCUUGCCAUUGGAUCAAAAAGGCAAGGACGAGAGAGUGAGGCUGACAAACUCAGCAACUUUCCCUAACUUUAAACACAUACACACAAAACAACAAGAGCUGAAGUCAAAGCUACUACUCAAGUAGAAGCAUUUGUCUUCCUGACAAGCGAAUUACGAACAACAAAAUAUAUAUUUACACAUUCAAUUCAAGUUUAAACAUUUUAUUACAUUUUUUUAAAGCUCAGAAUGUUAAUAUGAAUUAUUUUCGUUUUUGUUACCUAGAAAAAAAUACAAGUGCUGCUAACGAUGCUUACAGAAUCCAUAUGUGUAGUCAGGUAAGAAUCCAUAUGUGUAGUGAGGUAAGUCAAAAUGUAGGAAAAUCUCCAAUGUGCAUUAAAAUUUCAAGAAGGGCAUUUAAAAAAUAAUUAUGGUUCUAAUCUGUCCAGUUAUGAUUAUAGAAUUAACAUUAGGUAAAGGAGUUAAUCGAUGUGAUUUAAGAAAGUUAUUAAAAAAAAGUAUCUAAAUUUGAGCAUUAAAUUCCCUUUAGAUAAUUUACAACAUUGAAAGGUUGGUUGUUUUUUUUUUUCAUUUUGAUUUCUUUUUUUUGUGUGUAAAUCUCAUCUCAGAAACACUUUACUUAAUCAUAAUAUCCCGAACCUUGAGAUGAUUCUACAGAGGAAAUGCAAUUUACAUUUAAUGCUGCAAGGGGAGCUUAUUUUGAGCUGCAGAGGAGCAGAGGAUUACAGGACUUUGGAGAAGUUUAACCAGGAGUUAAAGUGAAUAAAGAUUUAUUACUUGUAAUAACUAAAUAUGUUCCGUUCUGAGGAAGAGCUGCGCACGUGGCGAAGCAUUAAAAUGUCCCUCCACCAAUGUUUAAUUUGUAAAACAAUUAUGAUGGCAUGUGCUUAAAAAAUAAUAUACCAGAAGUUAUGACCCAGAGCUAAACAGUUAAUACUAGAAGGCAUAUGGGGUUUCUAUCUGCCUGCUAUUUCAAAGCAUUUUUUGCUCAGGUGUUUUAUUAUUUACAAACUUCAUUAUACAAGUCAACUCAGAAACACCACAUCCAAGCCACAAUUUUUACUCAUGAUACUAAUUUGAUGCAUUGUUUAUUCAAAAAUAAAUAUAAAAUAACGACCCUUUUCUACACCCCAAAAUUGUAUGUCAAGGCAAUAGUUAAUAAACGUUGUCAUCUAUCCGUAUGUCAUUUGUUUCUUUCAUCAAAUUCUUUCAUAUGUUCAUAGGUCGUAACCAAAUCGAAAUUUACACAGUCUUUUUCCAUUAGCUAUGUUAACUUUAACAGAAACAUAUCUAUCAGGCUGUACAGACCCAGUAAUAACGCAGCUCUCUAUCAGGCUGUACAAUGACUCAAACACAUGCAUAAGGAAGAUUUCUAGGGUAGGAGAAAUAGGGGAAUUAGGGGGCAAGGUGACAGUGCAAUGGAUCCCAGGUCACGUCAACGUCAGUGUCAAUGAGAAAGCGGGAACGAUGGCAAAAACCGGGGCAGCCCAGCAUCAGUCAUAAGUACCAAUAACUUUUGGUAGACUUGAUGGUAGACCACUUUAGGUCAAAGAGGUACAUGCAAUGGGCAGACAACACGACUGUCAGAGGCGUCAUUUCAAAUUUGCCCACUCCUAGCAAACAAGACCCAUGGUGGGGGGGUAAGGCCGCAGACAGAAGAGUUUAGUGACUCACAUGCGCACUGAGCACUGCCCCCAUUGGCACAUAAUUCUGGCGUUUAGAUAACAACAGGGACCCUACCUGCCGGCAUUGCAGCCUGAUUCAGGAGACACUAGCGCACCUGUUGACCAAAUGUCCAUAACUAGAUGUCCCAGGUGAAGCCAGGGCAGUUUGAGAGUCCUAUGUUAGAAAGAUGUUGUAUUGCUCAGCUCAGCAGAUGCGCUGAUAGCCAAUGUUCUAGCCGGCGUCAUAAGAGCCUAAUCCUAGACCUUCAACAGAAUAUGUGUGCUAGUAAGUAGGAGAAAUAAAGCGCACAACUUUCCACUAGAAAGUUCUAUCAUCGACUGCACAACAAAAAUGCAUGUGUGCCAAAGAUAGUCUAAACACUAUGCCACAAUUACAAUAAUUUAACGUCACAACUUAGUGACAGGAACAGCGUUCAGUAAACAAAAUAAAUUUCAAAACACACCGUGCAAUAAAAUACAACAUAGGGUUAUCAGAAAUGUCUAAUUUAAGCCAAUAGUCGACAACCUCCUACAUUAGAAUUAAAACUUUAAAAAAAUAGAUUAAUAUAUUUUACCAUUUCCUAGACACACAGUUAAGGCACGUUAACACAUUGCGUGUGAAUUUUAAUAAUUAGAUACCAGUAUCUAAAAAAAAACAUUGGUGUUUGAAAGGGUAAAAUAGAGGAAACAUUUUAUUGGAGUACUAGCCAAUAUACCCGGCACGUCCCGGGAAAGUUUACUAAAAGAAUCUUCUACAGCGUUUCAGCUACACAUCGAAAAUAAGGGGCCUGUAAAAAAAGUCCCUCUAAUUAUCUUGUCUUUAUAUAGAUACAUUAAACGCAGCGAACAAUUUAUGUUCACUAAUAAUAUUUUACCAAAGCCCAUAAAUUACAUGUAUCAAACGUCAUUGCUAUCAUUAUGAUAAUAUAUUAUGGUUUAUAAAAAAUAUAUAUAUAUUUAGGUUGCCCUCUUGAGAAGCUCACAUAAUACUUCAAGAUUAAACGUUCUCUAUAUUCCCUAAUCUUAUCAUGAAAUAUUUGGUACUGAAAUGAUCAGUUCAAAAAUAUGAUUCCUAAAAUAUGUAGAGCUCUUAAGUAAAUGAAUAGGAUUGGUACGUGAAUAGCAACAUGCAUAUAUUCCUAUUGCAUGAAUGUUUUUAUUGAGAUCAUUACAACCAAGAUUUCUUUUUUAUAAAUGUAAUUGCAGAUUGACAUUACAAUCAAAGUGUCGUGAGACGUC